AUGUCGAAUAAGACGGGUAAUGUCGAGGUAACAAAAAAUCCCAAAGCUCCCUAUGUUAGCUACUAUCCUCUCAUGAUCCUUGCGUUUCUCGUGGAAUGGAUUCCCGGGUUAUCCAAAUAUUUUUUUUACGAUUCGAGUCUUGCCGAUUUACGAAAAUUCAAAUAUGAAGAUUCAUUGACUAGCAUCCCGCUUCCACUGCCAAAAGAAAAAUUCGGGCUUAAUAAACUUGAGCACCACCCAGUUGUUGGAUUGGAAAUUUUUGAUGAAAAAGGAAUUGGCCCUGAAUCUAUUGGAAACACUGGAUAUUUGACAGCAUGGCAUUUUCGUAAAGCGUAUCUGUCUGGUUGUAUUACUCCUUUACAAAUGGCAGAAAGAUUACUUGAGAGAAUUGAGGCUGCACAUACUUGUGCAUCUCUCACAGAACCAUCAAUCGAAGGUUUUUAUCAAUAUGAAAAGGAUGAAAUUCUAAAACAAGCGGAAGAAUCCACCGCUCGAUAUGCUCAAAAAAAAUCACUGGGUCCACUUGAUGGUGUUCCUAUUGGCGUGAAAGAUGAAAUGGAUGUUAAGGGGUUUGAAACACGCGUCGGAACGGUUUUUAUUAAUCGUGGAAAUAAAGCGCAACGAGAUGCAACGCUUGUUCAUCGAUUGAGAGAGCAAGGUGCAAUAAUUGCUGGAAAAACUAGUAUGCAUGAACUAGGAAUGGACAUUACAGGAAACAAUCCGAAGGCAAAGACACCAAGAAAUCCCUACGAUCCAAAUCACUAUGGUGGAGGAUCUAGUGGUGGUAGUGCAGCAAUUGUAGCAUCUGGACUUUGCCCUAUUGCUAUCGGGUGCGAUGGUAGUGGAUCAAUAAGAGUACCGGCAUCAUUCUGUGGGGUUUAUGGUCUAAAGCCAACAACGGGACGAGUUUCUAUGACAGGAGAAUUUCCAAUGGCGUGGACGUGUUCGGUACCUGGACCACUCGCCUCAAGUGCAGAUGAUUUGGCUUUAACUUAUUACGCGAUUGCAGGAAAAGAUCCCGAGGACCCAAUUACUUAUCAUCAACCUUCACCAACUCUUUACGGUUUCUAUUUGACCCAUACACUCUCCGAUCUAAAGAUCGGUAUAUACCCUGCGUGGAAUCGACAAGUGGUGAAUCCUGCUAUAACAACUGUAUUGCAUGAAUUUAUUGAUGCUUUCAAACUUCGAGGAGCUCAAUUUGUCGAAAUUGAGAUACCAGAAUUAGACGAAGCGCGAAAUGCGCUGCAAAUUUUAGUCACGUCGGAAAUUCAUUCUAGUUUGAAUCGAUUUAAAGAACAUCGAACUAAAACAAGUUACACAAAUCGUAUUGUUCAUUGUAUUUUGGACCAUUUGACUGCUUCUGAUUACAUACAAGCUCAACAAGUUAGAACACGAAGCAUGCGUUACGUAUCAGAUUUAUUCGAAAAUAGCGUGGAUUUAAUCCUGACACCAACCGCCAGCAUCACUGCACCUCAAAUUUAUCCACGUUCCUUACUUCACGGCGAACUAAACACGGAUGUCACCGGCAAUGGUAUGCGUUACAUACAAUUGGCGAAUUUGACCGGAAUUCCUGGAAUCAAUGUGCCCGCCGGCUACGACGAAAAAGGACUGCCAAUUGGGUUACAGUUUAUGGCGAAAUGGUAUAAUGAGGCUUUGCUGUUGAGAGUUGCUAAAACGUCGCAGGAGAUAUUGGGUGAUCAGAGAAAACAACCAAGGGAAGGGCUGUGGUUUGGUGAUUUGUUAUAG